CAUGGAGGGAUUUUCACCAACACACAACACAUUCAAAAUGGAUCUUACACAUGGUAUUACAAAGUCCUAUAAAAUGCAUCAUCAGGUACUGCUAUAGUAGAUUUUCGAUAAUUCCAUCACAAAUUUCAAUUAUUUCUAUUUAGCUAUACACUUGAGUAGACGGAUAACUUUUUUACAUUAAAUAAUAUGACUUAAGCACAUACCGUCAGAAAAACUGUUAUUCGUCACUUUCGCAACUUUUUGGGUCUUAUAAGUUGGGUUAAAAUAUACUACUUCUGACUCGUUGUGAAAACCUAAAUGCCACCGGUAUUUUGUUCGUUCUUGGCUUUUGUAAUCGCCUGCUGUAUCCUUUGAGAUGUCCCGAUCUAGUGGGGGGGGGGGGAAAGAGAGGAUAUAUUAAGUACGAAAUCAUUUCUCAGUAUUCUUUACAUCAAGAUCAGAUCUCCCCUUAGUCUAUGAUAGAACAGAUUAAAGAGGUUUCGCUUUUCAAGCCGCGCCUUGUAUGGUAAACAUUCGUAUUCUGGAAUUGGACGGGUUGCUGCUCUCUGUACGUUUUCCAGGAUAUAUGAGUGACCUUUUAAACAGAGGCUUGCAGCCUGAACACAGUUCUCAUACUUAGUCCUCACCAAGGUUGUUAAUGCUGUAAUGAACAUGCUGGUUUCCAACUUUGUAAGUGUCUGUUUUAAAGCCGAGAGUAUUCUGAACCCCUUAGCUGCAACCUCCCGACAAUGGGCCAUCGUCUUAAGGUCAUGAAUCACUGUCAACCCAAAAUCCUUUUGGAACAAGAUCACGGGUACAGGCACUUCCCUAUGUUGUACCUAUUAACCUUCGUAUCCCCAGAGUCUGCCUGAAGAGAGCAUGCGUCUGCAUCUCCGUUGUUACUCGCCAGAACAGAAGUAUUCAACCAUCGAAAAGGAGUGUUUAGCGAUCGUGUGGGCAGUGGAAAAAUGGAGACCAUACCUUUUAGGUAGACGAUUUCACAUUGAGACCGACCAUAAACCCCUGCAGUGGUUGAAAACAGCAAGAGACCCCCGAAUGAAGUUGGCGCGAUGGAUGAUACGCCUGCAGGAAUACGAUUUCAGUAUCGGCCAUGUUCCAGGAAAAGAAAACGUAAUGGCAGAUUACUUGUCAAGACCAGACAUGGAAGCCGACCUGCGAUUAACAGCAUACGCGGUGAAUAGUUUAGAGGGAGACCCAUUAGAACUCGUCCGGCAGCAGAAAGCUGACCCUAACCUUCGAGAGGUAAUCAGAGUGAUAAAAGAGGGAGCAGACGUAGAUAAACGAACAAUGGACAAGGAGGUAAUAACGCUGCUUCUGCAAAAGGACCGACUGAGAGUGAACUCAUAUGGAGUGCUGACCUGGCAGGACGAUGAUGAGAAUUGGGUGGCGGUGAUCACGAAAGACUGGCGGCGUAAAGUGAUACACGAGUGUCACCAGGUAGCACACACAAGCAUCGCAAGAACGACGGACUUACUACGACAAAGUGCAUACUGGCCGAGCAUGAGAGAAGAUGUGGCUGAAUACGUGUUAACCUGCCAGCAGUGUCAGCUAAUGAAAAGCGAUCGAUACACACAACCGCCAUUACAGUCAGUCCCAGUAACCGCAGUCGGUGAUCUAUGGUCGGUGGAUGUGAUGGGACCGUUUCCACAGACGGCGAGCGGUAACCAGUACCUGUUAGUGAUGACGGAACAUGCUACACGUUGGGUAGAUGCCGUACCCAUUGCAGACCAGCAGGCAAGGACAGUGACCGAGGUGGUAAUCCGGCAUAUUGUAGCGUGUCACGGAAUACCGAAGAUGAUAUUAACUGACCAGGGUCACUGUUUUGAAAGUGACGAGUUUAAAGCCCGUUUAAAGCAGUUUGGCAUCAAAAGAAUAUGAACUACACCGUAUCAUCCUCAGACAAACGGGAUUACAGAGAGGAACAAUCGGACGUUAAAGGAAUGGUUAGCAUCAAAAGGAGGAAAUUGGGAGAAAGAGUUACCAUUGAUUUUGCUGGCACAUCGUUCCUCCACACAAGGAACAACCAAGAAGUCACCUUUCUUGCUCAUGUAUGGCAGACAACCACGACUUCCAAUGCAUAAUAAGACCUGGCCACAACAACAGAAGUGGACGACAACAAGGUUAAGAAAAGAGAGGAGAGAGGCAAUAAGGAACGUGGAAAA